CGGCAGUUGACACCGCAGCAGCCUGUCUGCGUCAGUCUCAGGACAGCACAAGAAGCAUCUCCUGUUUCAUCCCAGCUGUAGACCAGGGAGCACAUCUCACAGAUAAAGGAUCGUCUUCCAGGCUGAGCCAGCAUGGGGAAAGAGAAGCUCCACAUAAACAUUGUGGUCAUAGGACAUGUGGACUCUGGCAAGUCCACAACCACAGGCCACCUCAUCUACAAGUGUGGGGGCAUUGACAAAAGAACGAUUGAGAAGUUUGAAAAGGAAGCAGCAGAGAUGGGAAAGGGAUCCUUCAAGUAUGCUUGGGUUUUGGACAAACUCAAGGCAGAGCGUGAACGUGGGAUCACCAUUGAUAUCUCUCUGUGGAAAUUUGAAACCAGCAAGUAUUAUGUGACCAUCAUUGAUGCUCCAGGCCACAGGGACUUCAUCAAGAACAUGAUCACUGGGACAUCUCAGGCCGACUGUGCGGUGUUGAUUGUGGCUGCAGGUGUGGGCGAGUUCGAAGCUGGUAUCUCAAAGAACGGGCAAACUCGUGAGCAUGCUUUACUUGCCUACACGCUGGGAGUGAAGCAGCUCAUCGUAGGUGUCAACAAGAUGGAUUCAACUGAGCCUAACUACAGCCAGAAGCGCUAUGAAGAGAUUGUGAAGGAAGUCAGCACUUACAUCAAGAAGAUUGGCUACAAUCCUGACACUGUGGCCUUUGUACCCAUUUCAGGCUGGAAUGGAGACAACAUGUUGGAGCCCAGUCCUAAUAUGACAUGGUUCAAGGGCUGGAAAAUCAGUCGGAAAGAUGGCAAUGCCUCAGGCACUACACUGCUGGAGGCCCUCGAUGCCAUCCAGCCACCAACCCGACCUACUGACAAGCCUCUUCGUCUGCCUCUGCAAGACGUAUACAAAAUUGGAGGUAUUGGCACUGUGCCUGUGGGCCGAGUGGAAACAGGAAUCCUAAAACCCGGUAUGGUGGUAACAUUUGCUCCUGUCAAUGUAACCACUGAAGUCAAAUCAGUGGAGAUGCACCAUGAAGCCCUGAGUGAAGCGUUGCCAGGGGACAACGUGGGAUUUAAUGUUAAGAAUGUCUCAGUGAAGGACAUUCGCAGAGGCAAUGUGGCUGGAGACAGCAGAAACGACCCGCCGCAGGAGGCAGCUGGCUUCACCUCCCAGGUGAUUAUCCUGAACCAUCCCGGUCAGAUCAGUGCCGGCUAUGCCCCUGUCCUUGACUGUCACACUGCACAUAUCGCUUGCAAGUUUGCCGAGCUAAAGGAAAAGAUAGACCGUCGUUCUGGAAAGAAGCUGGAGGAUAACCCCAAGUUCCUGAAGUCUGGGGAUGCUGCUAUAGUGGACAUGAUUCCUGGCAAGCCUAUGUGUGUGGAGAGCUUCUCUGAGUACCCACCGCUUGGCCGUUUUGCGGUGCGUGACAUGCGUCAAACAGUGGCAGUGGGCGUGAUAAAAGGUGUGGAAAAGAAAGCUCCCACGAGUGGCAAGAUAACCAAGUCUGCUCAGAAGGCGCAGAAGACCAAAUGAAUGUUGUGUUGGGCUGGUGCCCCAACUGUUCAGCGCGGCAGAAGACCCGCAUACGUCUCCCUCCAUCUGCACACCAUAGUAAACAUCUGGUCCAUUAUCACAAUGCAUCGAAAAAGCAGACGAAGGAAAAAACAAAUCCAUCGCAUUAGAGAUGAACAUCUUAGCAAACUGUUGUGUGUAAGCUCCAUCGUAUCUUGUUUCGUGCUUGAACAUCACAACAGAUUUGCAUUACGGUUCAAACAUGUGCUGUUGUAGUUAAAUCUAUCCUGCUUAUUUAUCUAAAGAGGCCCUGUUGUUACGCUGUAGAGAUGCUCUUCUCGAUGGUCUUUGUAGAAGUAACGUUUCUUGUUAAAGCUUUAAAACCAGUAAGCUCAGCAGCCAGACAUAUACCGGUUGUUUGCAUGUUUGCUCAUAGCAGCUUAGGAUCCAGCUUUAGACACUUAAACAUUUAAUCUUAACACCCUGUUUGUCUUAAGCUACCUGAUAGUAUCUCUGGUACAUGUUACUGGAACAUUUGUGCACCUUAAAUGCUGUUCUUUGUGACAAUAUGUUGAUAAGAGUAAAAAAUGUUAAAC